UAUGGUGAUAACUUUAAAACUAGAAUCUUUUGUAACCUUUAAAAUUUAUUGAACAGAUUCAGGAGAAUCUUUCUCCGUGCUCUGUAGACUGUAGUGUGUAUUGCCGAUGUAUUUUGGAGUGGCGGGAGUCAUGCACACAAACGCCUUCCCUCUUCCGGCGCCGCUCAGAUCGUAACGCUCUCUCCUUUGCCGGAAAGCUUCAGAUACCGGCCUCGUCCGUAUCACCACCGCCGCCACAAACUUUUCCUUUUCCGUUGCUUUCUUUUUAUAUCUAUUUAUUUAAGACGACUCUAUUCAUUAAAAAAAGAUGUUUUUAAUAUUCUAUUGUAUCCUUUUUCAUUCCCGAAAAUUAUAAGCUUUUUUCUGGUGACCAAAUUUCGCUUCCCGGGACAUUUUUUUAAAUUCGUUUAAUUGAUCUGAUCUUAUUCCCGGUGAUUUUCACCAACCGCCGAAGAGAGCUCUGUUUUCCCUGCAAUUUCGGAGAUCUCAGUUUGACAUAUCCUUUCAGUCCUUUUCUCGUGAUUGGAGAGGUUUGGGUGGGGUUUGGAGUCGUGAAUCUCCAGCGAGCUGCAUUGGUGUUUGGUGUUUCACAGAGGCAUUGAAAAAAGUUGUUCUCAAUCAUAAUGGAUAAGAAGAAGUACCCGAUAGGACCGGAGCAUUAUACUCUGUAUGAGGAGGUCGGCAAUGGAGGCAGCGCAUCUGUUAGUCGGGCUCUUUGUGAACCCUUAAACGAGAUUGUAGCUAUCAAAAUCCUCGAUUUUGAACGUGACAACUGCGAUCUGAGUAAUGUCUUCAGGGAGGCACAGACAAUGAUCUUAGUAGACCAUCCCAAUGUUCUGAAAUCUCAUUGCUCUUUUGUCAGUGAUCACAAUUUGUGGGUUGUCAUGCCAUAUAUGGCUGGGGGUUCCUGCCUUCACAUAUUGAAGGCCGCUCAUCCAGAUGGUUUUGAAGAAGUUGUCAUUGCCACUAUAUUGCGAGAAGUGUUAAAGGGCUUAGAUUAUCUUCAUGAUCAUGGUCAUAUUCAUCGUGACGUGAAAGCUGGAAACAUUCUAAUAGAUGCACAGAGUGGAAUUAAGCUUGGAGAUUUUGGUGUCUCUGCUUGCUUAUUUGAUUCUGGUGACAGAACGCUUAUGAGAAACACAUUUGUUGGUACUCCUUGUUGGAUGGCACCCGAGGUUAUGGAGCAAUUGCAUGGCUACAAUUUCAAGGCAGAUAUUUGGUCUUUUGGUAUAACUGCUUUGGAGCUUGCCCAUGGCCAUGCACCUUUUUCAAAGUAUCCUCCAAUGAAGGUACUGUUGAUGACAUUGCAAAAUGCACCUCCUGGUCUUGAUUAUGAAAGAGACAAGAAGUUCUCCAAGUCAUUUAAGCAGAUGAUUGCUAGUUGCUUGGUAAAAGAUCCUUCAAAAAGGCCCACGGCUAAAAAGUUGCUAAAACAUGCUUUCUUCAAGCAAGCUCGAUCAAAUGAUUAUAUAGCAAGAACAUUACUGGAGGGCUUGCCAGCUCUGGGUGAUCGACUUGCAGCUUUGAAGAGGAAAGAAGAAGACAUGAUGGCACAACAGAAGAUACCAGAUGGGCAGAAAGAAGAAAUGUCUCAGAAUGAGUAUAAGCGGGGUAUAAGCAGCUGGAACUUCAACCUAGAUGAUCUAAAGGCUCAGGCUUCUUUGAUUCCAGAAGAGGAGGUUAUUGCUGAAAAGGAUCCUGGUGGGGACUCAAAUUUACAGGUGGGGCCUGGCAUUCCUGGAAAAAAACUUCAUAGUCAGCUCUCUCCGGCUAACCGAACUCCAAAACUUCUACAUCAGUUUUCAUUUUUAAGUCAAAAUUCAGAUACCGAAAUUGACGGUAACAAUCAAUCUGCUCCUCUUUCACCCGCUAACACUAUGUCAGCCCCUUGUAACAUGGAUAAAUGUGAAAUAUCAGAUGAUAAUGAUAUUAACACUACCAGUGAAAUUUAUGACCGCCAAACUUCACGAGGUUGUUCUGCUUCCCGCACUCACAUUGAAAAACAUUUACUUGGAAAAGCUGAAUUUGAAAUUGAUGCGAAGUUCUCAAAUGGCUCACCUGGAAGUUCAAGGCAAAGGGAUAAAAUUCCACCUCAAAACAUGUCAGCUUCAAAUGGAGUUUCUCCUCCUCAAAUAGUUGAUGAUAUGCCAGCUGAAGCCAGUAAUAAGCCUUUGAUAACAUCUGGAAAGAAUGAAGAUUUAAAUGAGAAGACAAAAGGCCACAUUGUUCAACAAAAAGGACGUUUCAAAGUCAUGUCUGACAACACUGACUUGGAGAUGGCUGCUCCAGCUCCAGUACUACAGAAAAGCCACAGCAUGGCGGUGAUCCCUCAACAUCCACCCAUGUCUCACUCACCGUCGACAGAUGCAAUAUUACCAAAUCAUCAUUCACAUGCAUUUCUCCCGCUAUUGCAAAAUAUGUUGCAAGCUAAUAUUGUUGAAAGGGAAAAUAUUCUUAACCUAAUGAGGCAAUCCUCUGCUGGAGGCACAACAGUGGCUGGCACAGGCGUUUCAUUGGACGUGUUAUCAGCAGAGAAAUCAUUGUUGGAGUCAGCUCAUGACAGGGAGAAGGAAUUGUUACAUGAGAUAUGUGAUUUGCAACAGAGGCUUGGACGAGCACAAGAGGAGCUUCAGAAGUACAAAACCAAAAUUACAUAACAUUAAUUAACUCAACUCUAGUUCAAGGAAGUAUACUAUGCCAAGCAGUGUUUCAUUUUCAAAAAAAUAUAUUCCUUUGGGGCGUGGCGGGAGCUGCUUUUAUUUUCUUUCUUUUUCUUUGCACUUCAUUUUUAUCUCCAACUGGUGAUGAGAUGGCUUUUUACAUCAUCUCAGCCCAUUUUUUGCUAGAAUUAUUAGAUUGCAU